AUGACUUAUUUCACUAACAUUGACGGCAAAUAUUUAAGAGCAUCAUAUUUAGCUAGCCUUAGGAUUGUUAAAGAUGGAAAGCCUCAUACAGUUGGUGAAACGCUGAUAUUACCUGCAGCUAAAGAUAUGGUGUAAACGGUUUUAGGAGAAAAAGCAGCUAAAAAAUUGGAUAAAAUUCCACUAUCAAACAAUUUUGUUAAGAGAAGAAUUGAUACUAUUGCUUCAAAUAUUGAAGAAAUAUUGAUUAGUCAACUAAAAAUGUGUUCAAAUUUGUCUCUCCAAGUAGAUAAGAGUACAGAUAUAACAAAUAUGGCACAGCUACUUGUUUUCAUUCGGUAUGAUUUUCACAAUGUAUUAAAUGAAGAGUAUUUAUUUUGUAAACCACUUGAAUCAAAUACGGACACUGAAAAUAUUUUUAAAAUCAACGGCAAUUAUUUUUCAACCAUAGGAUUGCCUUGGAAAAAAUGUGUUGGUAUUUGUACAGACUGAGCCAAAGCUAUGUGUGGAAAAUUGACAGGCCUAGCAUUGAUAGUACAGAAAGUUGCGCCAUAUUGUGUUGA